UUUAUAUACUCCGGGCGGGACCCCCGUCUCAUCUGGCCCAGCAUUUCCGUCUGUGUCCCACUGACUUGAUCUCCUGCCACCUUCAUCAACCCAGCUGGCUCUAGAUCAUCCCGGCUGUUCUCAUCCACCACCGCCAUGUCUAACCUUUCCGUCGAACUCAAGACGCCGAUUACCGGCCCCUACACUCAACCCACAGGACUCUUUAUCAAUAAUGAGUUCGUCGAGGGCGUUGAGAAGAAGACGUUCGAGGUCAUCAACCCCUCCACAGAGGAAGUUAUCUGCUCGGUGCACGAGGCCACCGAGAAGGAUGUCGACAUUGCCGUUGCCGCGGCCCGGAAGGCCUUUGACGGCGUCUGGCGCCGGACCACACCCCAGAAGCGCGGCAUCCUGCUGCUGAAGCUGGCCGACCUGUGCGAGAAGAACCUGGACCUCCUGGCUGCCGUGGAGUCGCUCGACAAUGGCAAAUCCAUCACUAUGGCCCGCGGCGAUGUCGGCGCCGUCGUUGGCUGCAUCCGGUACUACGGUGGCUGGGCCGACAAGGUCGAGGGCAAGACGAUUGAUGUUAACCCGGACAUGUUUCACUACACAAGGCGGGAGCCGAUUGGCGUCUGCGGUCAGAUCAUUCCCUGGAACUUCCCGCUGCUCAUGCUUGCAUGGAAGAUUGGCCCCGCCCUGGCCACCGGGAACACCGUUGUUCUGAAGACUGCCGAGCAGACACCACUCUCAGGCCUCGUCUUCGCCCAGCUAGUAAAGGAGGCGGGCUUCCCUCCGGGGGUCCUCAACAUCAUUUCUGGCUUCGGCAAGACGGCCGGCGCAGCGCUCGCGUCGCAUAUGGACGUCGACAAGAUCGCUUUUACCGGCUCGACCCCGGUUGGGCGGACUAUCAUGAAGGCUGCCGCCUCGUCCAACCUGAAGAAGGUAACGCUCGAGCUGGGCGGCAAGUCGCCCAACAUUGUCUUCAACGACGCCGACAUCGAGGAGGCAAUCAGCUGGGUCAACUACGGCAUCUAUUACAACCACGGCCAGUGCUGCUGCGCCGGGUCGCGCAUAUACGUCCAGGAGGGCAUUUACGACAAGUUCGUCGCGGCCUUCAAGAAGCGCGCCGAGGAGAACAAGGUCGGCGAUCCCUUCCACCCGGAGACCUUCCAGGGGCCGCAGGUCAGUCAGCUGCAAUUCGACCGCAUCAUGGGGUAUAUUGAGUCAGGCAAGAAGGACGGCGCCACCGUGGUGACGGGCGGCGAACGCCUCGGUGACAAGGGCUACUUUAUUCAGCCCACCAUUUUCGCCGACGUUAGGCAGGACAUGAAGAUCAUGCAAGAGGAGAUCUUCGGCCCCGUCUGCGCCAUUGCCAAGUUCAAGGACGAGGAGGAGGUCAUCCACCUCGGCAAUGACACCGAGUACGGCCUGGCCGCGUCAGUCCACACAAAAGACCUCAAUACUGCCAUCCGCGUGGCCAACAAGAUCAGGGCCGGUACCGUUUGGGUCAACUGUAAGUCCAACAAAGACGCCAAUCCGAAAACACCGUCCCUACCACACCUGUCUCGCGCACACUAAACAACAACAUGCCCCCAAAUUCUCUUUGGGACUGAUACUAACCACCCUCAUAGGUCACAACAUGCUCUCACACCAGGUCCCGUUCGGCGGGUUCAAGGCUUCUGGCCUCGGUCGCGAGCUUGGCGAGGAGGCGCUCGCAAAC